GUCACCACAGGAUUGCUUCGAUUUGUGUGACCGGCGUGUGUGGAACUGAAUUGUUUUUGAAAAAGCCGGAAAAACUUCCGAAACAACGCGCUCGUCUCCGAUAUGGGGGAUAAGAAAAAGGCUCUCUUCAUUUGCCUCGGGAACAUUUGCCGAUCACCGAUCGCUGAAGCGGUAUUUCUCAAAACCAUCAGCACAGCAGGAGUUGCGGACCAGUGGGAGGUAGAUAGUGCGGCCAUCGGAUCGUGGCAUGUGGGGCGCAGCCCGGACCACCGAGCUCUGGGCACUAUGAAACAGCACGACCUACCGUACAACAACAAGGCCCGUCAGAUCAAGAAAGCGGACUUUGAUCACUACGACUACAUCUUCGGCAUGGAUGGGGAAAACAUUUCCGAUCUAAAGGAGCGUGCACCCAAGGGGGGCGAGUGUAAGGCGAAGAUUUUACUACUCGGUGAUUUUGAUCCACAGCAACCGGGAGCCAUCAUCCGUGAUCCAUACUACGACAGGGGCUCCGAGGGAUUCGAACAGUGCUAUGUGCAGUGCGUACGGUGCUGCGAGUCGUUUCUGGCAAAGGCUCAAGCGGGACAAAUUUAAAUGUUUUAACGAGCUGUGAUGCGAACUGUGAAAAGAUACGCAAAGAAAGUUUGCUAUCCGCAAACGACAAACCGGUGCUAUUGUUUAUUCUCACUAGCGCUCUUUUGAGAUGUGGACAAAUUUGCCUUGUCCUUCGC